ACUCCCCUCUUCUCUUCUCACCUCUCGUCGGAUCUUCAACGGUCCUUCUUCGGCUCUUCUUUUGUUUUGUUUUCCAAAAUUCACACUUUAAGGUUUAAGAAAGGAAUUUCUAUUAUUCUCUGGAAAUUGUUUAAUUAACUCUAAACUCUUUUAUUACUUUUUGUUGUUAUUGUGAAUUUUCGCGCCGGGGGGGUGUUUAAUAGAUACGGUUAGGGUUUGGAUGAGAAUAGAAAUAAAGAAUUAGACUGUGAAAUUGGAUUUUGUGAGUGCUCGCCAUGGUAUUGGUAGCUGCAGUGUCCGCAACGGUAAACUCCAAACGGAACGGAGGGUCACGGCCUCUGUUAUUGCCUUCCGACUCCAACAAUGCCAUGGCUCCACGCCGUCUAAAACACCGAGAAGUCACUUCCCGUUAUUUGUCCUCGUCGUUAUCAUCUAAUUCUUCUACGUCAUCCUCAUCUUCUUCUGAAGCUUCCACCAAACAGUGUCCCUCGACGUCGCCGUCGGUUUCAAGAUCUUAUUCCCAUUCGACAACCAUUACAACACCGAAGCACGCGACUUCGUCGACUGUCAAGCGGUCGCAAUCAGUGGAACAGAGACGGGCUGUGACGCCGCAGCGUUAUAAUUCUACGGAUUUGAACAGUAACAUCAACAACAACAAAAACGGCGGCGAAUCAUCAGCUGCUCAGAAGUUGCUCUUCACUUCGACGAGAAGCUUAUCCGUUUCAUUUCAAGGAGAGUCGUUUUCCUAUCAGUUUAGCAAAGCUAAACCAUCUCCAUUUCCAAGCCCCGCUAGGAAAGGCACGCCGGAGAGGCGGAAGCCAACGGUGGCAACGACUACGGUAAGAGGAACAGAUCAAAUGGAGAAUUCAAAAACGGAGAGGUGGCCGGCGAGGAUAAGGCAACAGGAUUCCAUGACUAGAAGCGUGGAUUGCACCAACGAGAGGAAGAGAUUAAACGGAUCUGUUAACAGAAAUGUAGUUAGGGCGCAACAAAAUUCCAUGAUUGAUAACAGGGAUUUAACAGCUGUCGGAUCCGAAGUUCAAUCUAAUCCCACAGAUUCUGAUACUGAAAGUGUUUCUUCUGUUUGUACUUCAGAAGCUUUAGAGAGUCCUUGUAACGGUAAUGGAGAUGUUAAGCGUGAGCCUCGGAGAAUAAUUGUCCCUGCUCGGUUCUGGCAAGAGACAACUGCUCGUUUUCGCCGCUCUGAUUCUGAGUCGCCGGUUUUUAGUAAGAAUAAAGCGCCUUCUAAGCUAAUUGCACCAUAUAAGUUUGGAACUGACCAUCCUUUGUCAUCUCCCAAAGGUGUAAUGAACAGAAGACAACAGUUAUCGCCAAUUCGUGGGCCUGUUCGCCCUGCAUCACCGAGUAAGCUUGGGGCGUCUUCCUUAACUUCGUCUCCUUUGAGGGGAAUGAGUCCAUCUAGAGUGAGGAAUGGGUUGGUUGGUAGUUUGGUAAAUACUCCUUCGAUUUUGAGCUUUGCUGGUGAUGUUAUUAAGACUGGUAAAAUUGGGGAGAACAAGGUUUCGAAUGCUCAUUUUUUGAGGCUACUUCAUAACCGGUUGUUGCAGUGGCGUUUUGUUAAUGCCAAAGUAGAUGUUGUUUUGUCUUCCCAGAGGUCUAAUGCUGAGAAAAGCCUCUAUAAUGCAUGGACAACUACCUCAAAACUGCUGGAAUCUGUUAGAGCCAAAAGAACUGAGUUACAGUUGCUGAGGCAAAACUUGAAGCUGAUUUCCAUCCUCAAGGGGCAAAUGAUUCUUUUGGACAAAUGGGCCCUGCUGGACCAUGAAUAUUGCAGCUCAUUAUCUGGGGCUACUGAAGCUUUGAAGGCUAGCACGCUCCGCCUUCCAGUUGUUUGUGGGUCAAGGGCUGAUGUCCUGAAAUUGAAGGAUGCAAUUUGUUCAGCGAUCAAUGUAAUGCAGGCAAUGGCAUCCUCCAUAUGCUCAUUGUUGCCAAGGGUUGCAGAACUUAACUCUUUGGUGGCAGAACUUGGAAAUAUAAGUGCAAAUGAGUUUGUUUUACUUAAUCGGUGCAAAGAACUUCUGUCAGAAACUGCUGCUAUGCAAGUGACAGAAUGUAGCAUGAGAACACACAUUUCGCAACUAAAUCGUUUACCCUCUGGCUUGACUACAAAAUUAUAAAGCUCUUGUGAUU